AUGGCUCCGGAUAUGGAGGCCGUCGAGAGGCAUAUCAACGGGUUCGCCGAGAGCGCAGAGGUCGCCAACUCAACGCCCAGCCCUUACGAAACAAACCCCGCGAGUAUACCGAGCGAUGACCCAUUUCUCGCCCAAAGCGUGCACUAUGGCCGCUACACCCCGCAGCCCGACGAAUUCACCCCGCGCUACCAGGACUGGCACCACCCGGAUUCCGACACGACCGAUUUCUGGCAGGAGGUGGUGCAGAGAUUCUGCACCCCAGAACACUCGCUGAAUGUCUCGGGGCCGAGGGAAGCCUUCGCUGCUGGCAGCGUAGUCAUUCAGGUAGACCGUGAGUCUGCGGAUAGCGCCGCAGCGGAGCGUUACUCCUGUGUGAAUGCGAAUGAACUAUCUGCAGCGCGAAAAGCCGACGAAUCGCUGAAGGAAAUUGGCGUUGCUGUUCCGGUCAUACACUUUUGCGGCACAAUUGAGGGGAGGAAUGUUACAGUGGAAUCACGGAUACCCGGCGUAUCUCUCGAAGUGGCUUGGCGAUACUUGAACCUGAAGGAAAUUGCUGUUUUCAAGAACCAGUGUCGACAACUCUUGCAGCGGCUUCGAACAAUCCAUCCGGCCUUGAACGAACCUUCUUACGUUUAUCGCGGACUUAAUUCGCAAACACCUCCUGCUGGGCGUGGACAGGAGCGAACAAUUCUCUUCGCUGAUAAGAGUGCCGGGGAGGACCUGUGCUUUACGCACAACAAUCUGGUACCAGGAAAUAUUGUGGUGAAGGAUGGUCGGAUUGUGGGUCUGGCAGGAUGGCGGGAAAGCGGAUAUUUUGGCUUAACGCGGGCUCAACAGGUGCAUCAGUCAUGGAGAGAUCUCCAGGGUGAGGACCAAGACAGCGCAACUGGGACUUGGGUUGACCUCUACGACGAGGAAUAUGAUCCGAGCAAGAGUACGCCGCUGGUUGCGACCAAGGACAUUGCGCUGCCAUCCGUGAAAACAGAACCGACAAGUUCAACACUGGACAAAUUUCCAGUCGGCGAUGACUUCGAGACCAAGUCGAUGGGAUAUGACGGAGCCGGUGAUUAUCCGACAUCAAAGAAGCUCGCCAAUCUGAGAAACGGUACAACACCCCGAGCAUCGUCAUCCGAGCGAUCCUCCCCAGCGACAUCGGUGAAGCCUGCGGCAAAUAAGAAAGCCACGUCUGCCACCGCAAAGAAGGGCACGGCAAAGAAGCCAGCGGUCAAGAAGCGCAAGGCGAACGAUGUGGAUGCAGACAGCGUGGAUGGUCGAUCAAACACUCCUGCAUCCCGCGCCAGCAAAGGUCCGGGUAAGAAGCAAGGCUCCGCGUCUAUCGCGGGGUCUCCAGCCCCAGAGGAGAAGAAGAAGAAAAAGAAGGGUGGCAAGAAGAAAGUCUUAGAGGAAGACGAAGACGACGACGUUGAUGAUCCGAAUGAGGUCUUUUGUAUUUGCAGACGACCUGAUAAUCAUACAUGGAUGAUUGGGUGCGAUGGCGACUGCGAAGAUUGGUACCAUGGGAAAUGUGUCAAUGUCAACUCUCAAGAUGAAGAUCUGAUUGAGAGGUACAUCUGCCCGAACUGCGAAGCAAAUGGACAAGGCCGCACAACGUGGAAACCAAUGUGUCGUCUUCCCCAAUGUCGGAAACCAGCGCGCGCAAAUCCCAAGAAUCCCAGCAAGUAUUGCAGCGAUGAGCACGGCCUACAAUUCAUGCGCCAACACACCCGUCGCCUCAAGCUGGGGCCAGCCCAGAAGGGAAAGGAAGACUUGGGCAGCAUGGGCGGCGUCCUUACGGCGAAAGACCUCAAGGCUGUCAUUGUGGGUGUGAGCUCCGUCGAAGAAUUCCGCAGACUGGGCGACCGGAUUAUUACACCGCCGCCGACAACAAAAGAAAACACGCCCAAUUCCGAAGUGAAGAGUGAAAACGGGCCGCAGAUCGGCAAUGGGUUCGAUGCCAAAUCCAACGGUGUAGAAUAUUCUAUCGAAGAAGCCACGCAGAUAGAAAAGCUGCGUAAACACCGUGACGACCUUAUUCACCGCAAGGAAAUGCUUGCUGUGCGAUCGACAUUCAUGGAACUUCUGCGGCCAAGGGCCAAGGUCAUCCUCGACAAGCUAAAGCAGAAAGAACCAAAAGGCGGAUGGAAAGAUAUCUGCGGAUUCGACUCGCGACUUUCGUGGUCUGAUGAAGAAUUUGACGAAUGGCGGCUGUCCGAAGCCGGAAAGAAAGCUCUUGCAGAGGGCACGGCUGAGGCCAUGGCUGCCAGUUUCCCUGUCAGUACCGAUGCGGAUGGAGACACCACCAUGGACGGUGAAAGUGAAGAUGAAAUCGCCUUCUUGACUCGCGGUGCCUGCACGAAGAAACGCUGUGAGCAACAUAAGCAGUGGCUUAAGGUGCUGCAGCAAGACCUCCAGUUUGAGGUGAACACUACAGACGACGAUCUUGCGCGGUGCGAGCAAGAGGCACGCGCUGUGGCUGAGCGCUCCGUCCUGAGGAAGUGGGCUGAGAAGGAGAAUGUAGCUUCUGAAGCCCGGUAG